UCAUUCCUGUAAAUACAUUUUGAUUGUAGUGUCUAGGUGUAAUUGCAUUCAUCCUCUUCUUUCGAUGAAUGUAUUUCUUACAUAUAUAAUUUCAACAAAAACAGUGCAUAGGUAGCAAUAAUAUCAUAUUUAUAUUUAUUGACUUAAUAGAUUCAAAGAAAAAGACAUUAAGUGGUUGGAUAGGCUUGAACAAGAUAACAAAUAACCUUUGGACUUUGAUAGCAGAUCUGUAAUGAAUGCCUUUGGGAUAUCAUUUACAGCUGCUUUUGUGUCUAUAUGUUUGUCAUAUUUACUUUUAGUUUAUAAUAAAGAAACAGUCACAAUGGCUAAAAACGGUCUACUAUUUGUGUCUUCGGCUGCAAAAGCUAGUGCAUGCUUGAAGUCCUCAAAGUAUGUGAAUAAAAUGCUUUAUAUCAAAGUGAAGGGGACAAGUCAGAGUUUAUUACCAGUUAUGAGUAAACAAAUUAUAGAAGUUUAUUCUAAGGCAUCAUCACAAUGUAGUAAAAUAGAUGUAAGACUUAUACUAAAACCACUGGAAACACAAUCAGCGGUGAAAACCAAUCAUCCUAUAGAUCUAGUAUUGUAUGACAAUGAAUUAUCGAAAGAAGUGGAAGUCCUGAAAAAAUCAGUGGCGGCAUUAAAAACAGAUCAAAUUCCUAAAGGCAUAGAUGUGUCAAAUAGUAUAGAUAGCCAAGUAAGUGAUGAACCGGUAAAGAGGUAUGAAUAUGUGGCACUCGGAGGCACAUUUGACCGAUUGCACAACGGCCACAAGAUUCUCCUGUCCGAAGCUGCUCUGCGUACCACCAAGCAUCUCACGGUGGGAGUAACUGAUGUUAAUAUGAUUCAGUCAAAAAAGCUAUGGGAGUUGAUAGAGCCCGUGGAAAAGCGGAUAAAAGCAGUUUUGGACUUUCUGACUGACAUAAACCCUGGUUUAGAGUACCAUGUGGUCCCCAUACAAGAUAUUUAUGGACCAACCAAAGAUGAUCCCAGGUUUGAGAUGCUAGUAGUAAGCGAGGAGACAGUCCGAGGCGGUGUUAUGGUGAACGAGAAACGGAGAGAGAACGGCCUGCCGCCUUUAGAUACUCACGUGAUCUCCUUGGCCCCGGACUCCAAUCCGAACCGUGCUCAGGAUGAGGAGGAGAAACUCAGCUCGUCCAAUCAGAGGAUGCGGUUACUUGGGACCAUGCUAAAACCGCCUUCGCCAAACCCCAACAUUCCCACCUGGCCGUACGUCAUCGGUCUGGCGGGAGGGAUCGCCAGCGGAAAGAGCAACAUUGCAGAAAAACUUAAGGCUAAAGGAGCGGCGAUAGUGAACUGUGACGUCAUAGCGCACGAACUGUACAAGCCGGGGCUCCCCCUCAACUCGACGCUGGCGCAUACGUUCGGGAAACACAUCAUCACAGAGACAGGAGAGGUCGAUAGGAAGAAACUGGGGUCCAUUGUGUUUGGAGACCAGACGCAACUAGAGAAACUCAACUCGAUAAUCUGGCCGGCGAUAAUCGCCGAGGCCGAGAAUCGAAUCCGGGCGCUCGGACAAGAUGGGUACAAGGUGGUGGUGAUGGAAGCGGCCGUGAUGGUGCGGGCCAAGUGGUACUCGCGCUGCCACCAACUAUGGGCCGUCAUUAUACCGCCGGCUGAGGCUGUGAAAAGGCUACAAAAGCGUAACGCCCUCACUGAAGAGGAAGCGAAGCAACGCAUUGCGUCCCAACCAUCAAACGCCGAACAGAUAGAACACGCCAAUAUUGUAUUCAGUCCGUUUUGGAGCUACGAAUACACUCAAGCGCAGAUAGACCGGGCAUGGGAUUCUUUGGAAGAGCUCCUGCGUCACAGGAAAUGAAAAAUAGUCUGUAUUGCUAUUACGCUAUUGGUCAAUUUCCUAUUAAGUAAAGAUUUAGAUGGAAACUAUAUUAAACCCGUCGCCUAUUGACCGAUACCAGACUACCGGUUCACGUAUCUCCGCGAUCGAGGGAUUAAUAUGCAAUUUAAAUAAGUUUGAAGCAAAGUAUUCCGAUUUAAAAAAAAUUCAUUCUAUUUUAGAAAAAAAAUCUGUCAUAUUAUUUUCUGUUAUUGCCAUGUCGAUAUUCGUAGCUGGUAAUGAGGAAUUUUAGCACAGAUAUUUUAGUUGAUUAUGCUUUCGAGAUCCGGACGACAUCACAUUGUACUUGAAAUGUCAUAAAAAUGCAACCAUAACAAUAAUCGAAACGUAUUUCAGACAAUAAAAAAUAAAUAUCUUCGUAGGUACCUUAAAAUAGACUCAAAUGUAAUUACCUUAGAAUUCUAAUUUGUUUGACUUUAUCGGAUGCGGUAUAUAUUAAUUUUAAAAGGCUAUAGAAUAAAAAAAAAAAAAAAAGUGUAUUUUAUCCUGUCCUAUAUAAAUUUUGCAAUCGACUUUUGGAAAGGAGACAUUAGACUUAUUUACAUAUUAGGUUUGUAGAUAGCUAUCUCUCUCGCACAGUACCCAUUGUGACGUUUACAGCCUAUGCCUUAGGUGCGUAAAAAGACAAAUAAGUGUCAAUAGUGUCGGUGAAUUUUUAUAUUGAAUUAUAAACUUAAAAUCGAAAUCUUUACAUGCCUAUUACAAAUUAUUUAAAAAAUCUACAAUAUGAUAUAAUGUGUUUUUCAAUAAAAUAUGAAACAACAUUAAAAUACAAACAAACGGAGUAAGUAUAUCACACGUUUUGUUAUUAGGUAAGUAUAAGAUUUGAAUAUAACUGUAUAUUAAACAGACUGAUCAAAGCCGUAUAACGGAUAUGUAUAUAUAAUAAGAUACAUGUUGAUAUAAUUAUGUUGGUACAAAUAAAAAUAUAUUUAUCAUAAA